AUGGAAGACCAUACCUUCGACUUGGAACAUGAUCACCUUCAUGCUCAAGUGGGACAUGACGAUGCGACUCAAGCUGUGUUGGCGUCUCUUAGAGCGGCCAUCAUCGACCCUCCGCAUGCAGCAGGUAACGAGGUCGGCGGACAAGUGAUAGUGGUAGAGGGUGAAGAGGAGCUGGCGAAUGCCAAUGCGAAUGCCGGCUUACAUCAAGAUGACGAAGAUACGAUGGAGAGAUACGUGCAUGAUCAAGAUGAGGAUGAAGUCGUACAAGAUGUAAACAAUCAAAAUCAAAUCCAAGACACCCAUACCGAGAGUAUCUCUCAGAUAUUAGUAUCUAUAAUCGAAAAAGGCCUGCAGUCCUUAUCUCAACAAAUUAAGAAUGAUCAAAGCAUAUUAGACGAGUUGAAUAGUCCCAAUGCGAUUCAAAACUUGGCUAAGAACCUGAAGAUCUUGAAUGAGAAUAACAAAAGGAAUGUAGACUUGAUCAAAAACUUGAGUGAACAGUUGAAGUCUUAUAGUCAUAAUGACGGUGUAGAUACGGGAGAUGGAGAUGAUCAUCAGAAUUUGAUUUCAGCUUUCACCUCGAUAUCUGCAGAACAAUCACCUUUCGUCCUUCGAUCAGAAUAUGAUGCUCUAAAAUCUCGCUACGAGACUUUAGCCAGUGGUAAGAAAGAACGAAAAUCAAGAUCAUCCAAUAAGCAGAAUCACCAUCAACAAGAAAAUGCAGAUCCUCGUUUACAUUCUAUGAAGGAAGUUACGCAGGAUGGUACGGGAUAUGCUUCACCGGGCGCUGAAGGUAGGAAGAAGAGAAGUAUCAAACUUGAGCACCUCGUCCACCAAAAAGCCAAUCGUCGUCUCGGCGUAGAAUAUCAAGUUGCCAAUUUCGAAGCCAAGGGAUCACGAGAACUUCCAGCUCCAAAUUCCGAUGCUCCUAAAGCUGAAGAUUCAAUAUCUGGAGUGGACGAGUUCCGACCUGAUUUCAAAGCUGAGUUGAGUUCGCCAUCGGUCAAACCGUUUAUCGAUCAGGUCGUUCAGGAUUGUAUAGAAGCUUGGCAAAGUGGCGUAUUGGGUAAUGAACCCGACAUAGACAUUGAUAGAAUUACAAAUUCCGUUCAUAUCUAUUGGACAAGACUGGGUAAACGAUACGAUGAACAAUUACAUCGAGAGAGGGGCGAGGUGCACAGGGAUGAGAUUUCCAGGAGGAAGCAGAAUACCUAUAGACGUCAACAAUCUCUCCUCGCUCGUCGGCUUGCGGCAUUUGACUCUUCCCCUCUGAAUGUCUGUAAACUCCGUGCGCUGUACCGUACGCUACUCACCAUCGAUUUCGCCGCUCCCACUCAAGAUUCGCCGGAUCCCAAGCGAGAAUAUACAGAGGAGGAAUGGAAUGCUUAUCGAAAAUUGGCUUGCGGUAGUCGGGCAGCAGAGGCACACGAGGUGAUUGAUCAGUUCUGGUUAAGCAGCAUGGCUCGACAACUCCUCAUCAUUCUUGAUGUGUACUCAGCGGACAUGAACGCUCGAGCUCGUAAGAAGGGACGACCCAAGCAGCCGAAUCCCACUUUCCACUUACCUUCUCAACUCUGGGAUAAAUCCUCUUUACCUGCGAUCCGGCCUAAAGAUGCGAGUGGCCUACCCAUCACCGGCACACAGGGGAUAGUACUAUUCAAAUUCCACGUUGACGAGCAAGUCCAAAAGGAUAAUCCCGAAUGGGCAAAAGGAUUAUAUGACAAUCCGCCUAUACCCGAUGAAGAUUCUUCAUUGCCAAGUUUACCUGAAGUGAUGUCGAUGGGGAUCUAUACGUCGUUGAAACCUCAACUGAAAGAAGCUAAAGAGAAGUCUAACCCGAAAAUCAUGAAUGCUGAAGAAGUAGAAGAGAUGAAUAAUAGAAUUAUGAACCCUGAUGAUGCUAUUGAAAUCGAUCAAUCAAUAUUGGACUCGACAACUUUACAAAAUGAAAAUGGUACACCGCCAACUACUGGAGGAGAUUACGCUACGUUGAUUGCAUUGAACAAGUUGAAUAGUCUAGCUAAUAGUGGUUCCGAAACUGCCGAGAAUCCUUCCACUUCAGCAUUUACGACAUCUCAGCAUAAUCCACUUGGUGGAUUGAGUGGUAUCGGCGAAAAUCCCAUUGGGCCUUCACCCGGAUCAUCGAUGAGGGCAAGAAAAUUAGGUAAAAGAUCUGUGUCGGAAGUACCUGGUGGUGCUGCUACACCGGUUCCUAAGAGAAGACGCAAAACACCUCAAUCUCAAUUGAUGAUGGAACAUUCACCAUUGGGUUUAGUAGAUGGGAAUGAUUUUAUAAAUGAUAAAGAUGCUCCGAUCGAGCUUGGACAGGAAGAAAAAAACGCAGAGGAGGAUGAGGGAGAGGAGGCGGUGGAAGGUGAAGUUCUGGGUGAUAAGGCUUUCUUAGAUAAUUUGUAA